GUCAACAACACCAUCACCAUCCCAAGAUGUACCUACCGAUCCUGUUUCUCUUCCUAGGCUUCCAAGCUGUAGCAGAGCUAUCACCCCAAUAUCUCGAGAUCAACAUCGGCGAUGAUACAAUCUUAGAGCUACUGCGCGAGGUCGACGCAGCACAAAAGUCUGGAAACCACGAACUAGCCUCCCAGCUCAAGAAAAAAAAUGAACGCAAUACGGUCAGAGCCCCUUCCUUCAGACCAUCACCAGUGGUCUGUUGAAUGCUCGACGAGUGCCUAUCUCGAUUCCGAGAUCGUUGCUGUCAAUGACCCUGCCAAUCCACCCAAGGAGAUCGCAUGGGCAUUUCCAUUCCUAGAUGAGUACUGGAAGACGGACGAUGGGGAGGAUCUGCCGUACCCGGGUGACUUUAAUCGGUUUAAGCAUCCGGACGGAUUUCGGAUUCUGCGAGUGGAUUAUGAUGCUUUGCCGGCGGGGGUGAGGAGGUGGAGAGAGGAAGAGAUGGAGACGGCGGAGGAGAUGGAUCGCAAGCUUAUUGCGGUGUUGGAUGGUGUGGCGUUCUUUGCGCCGGGGGUUGUCACGUAUUUGAUGCCGCUGUUUGCCACGGCCGAUGUGGUGGGGGGGCAUAGUGCGUGUGAAGAUGAACUCAUGGAUUUGACCAACUAUCAUGAUCCUGUCAAACGUCGGACGGACUCGGCUCGUUUUGUGUUCCGGUAUGGUGGAAGAUCGCAGGUCGGAAACUCGAUCAGAGUUCAGACUGUUGCGCAGAAGGAGAUCAAGGAUCAGAAGACCGGUCCUGGAAAGGAUGAACUGUGAUGACUUGUACUUCUCCCCAAUUGACACAAAGGGGAGGCUAUGUGGGGGCAAAUACCGACAUAGAUGAUAAGGAUUGAGAUAGUUUGAUGGCCAUUCCGAGUACUUGGUUCACAUCCUCUGGAACGGAGGUAUUACCUCUAUACCGACAGCAGUCUGACCUUUGCACGAGAGUCCACUUCUUGGUCAUAUUUAGCGAG